CACUCACUCCCUUCACUGGAACAUCCAAAGCCGAGAAAACAGAGACAUGGACAGCGCGACCUCGUCGUCCGGCGAUGAGCGCGGCGGUGUGCACGUCCUGCUGGUGCCGCUGCCGGCGCAGGGCCACAUGAACCCGAUGCUCCAGCUCGGCCGGCGCCUCGUGUACCACGGCCUGCGCCCCACGCUCGUCGCCACGCGGUACGUGCUCUCCACGGGCCCGCCCCCCGGCGACCCCUUCCGCGUGGCCGCCUUCUCAGACGGGUUCGACGACGGCGGCAUGGCCUCCUGCCCGGACCCCGUCGAGUACUGCCGCAGGGCCGAGGCCGUGGGGUCCGAGACGCUGGCGCAGGUCAUCGCCGCCGAGGCGCGCGCCGGGAGGACGCCGUCCGUGAUGGUCUACGACCCACACAUGGCGUGGGCGCCGCUUGUGGCACGGGCCGCCGGCGUGCCGACCGCCGCGUUCAUGUCGCAGUCGUGCGCCGUGGACCUGAUCUACGGGGAGGCGUGGGCGGGGCGCGCGCCGCUGCCGAUGGCGGACGGGAGCGCGCUGCGUUGCCGGGGCGCGGUGAGCGUGGACCUCGGCCCGGAGGACCUGUCGCCGUUCGUGGUGUCGCCGGGGCUGUACCCCAAGUACCUCGACGUGUCGAUCCGGCAGUUCGAGGGACUAGAGGACGCCGGCGACGUGCUCGUCAACUCCUUCCGUGACCUCGAACCGCAGGAGGCGGAGUAUAUGGAGUCCAGAUGGCGCGCCAAGACAGUCGGCCCGACGCUGCCGUCCUUCUUCCUCGACGACGGCCGCCUGCCGUCGAACAAGGCCUACGGCGUCAACUUCUUCAGCAGCGCCGCGCCGUGCAUGGCAUGGCUGGAUCGGCAGCCUCCUUGCUCAGUAGUCCUCGCGUCUUAUGGGACGGUCUACAGCCUCGACGCCGGUGAGCUUGACGAGCUUGGAAAUGGGCUCUGCGAUUCCGGCAAGCCAUUUCUCUGGGUCGUGAGGUCCAACGAGGCACGGAAGAUAUCUGAAGAGCUCCAUGGCAGGUGCAAGGAAAAUGGAUUAAUUGUGCCUUGGUGUCCCCAGCUUGAGGUUCUCGCGCAUAAGGCCAUAGGUUGUUUCUUGACUCAUUGUGGAUGGAACUCAACGACAGAGGCGCUUGUUGCUGGCGUGCCAAUGGUGGCGAUGCCGAGGUCGGCCGACCAGCCAACCACGGCAAAGUACGUGGAGAGUGCAUGGGGGACCGGCGUGCGGAUGCGGACAGAUGAGAAAGGCUUGGUGAUAAGGGAGGAGGUAGAGAGGUGCAUCAGGAAGGUGAUGGAUGGGGAGGGAAAGGUUGAAUACCGCAAAAAUGCGACAAAAUGGAUGAGGAUGGCCAAAGAGGCAAUGCAGGAAGGAGGGAGUUCCGACAAGAAUAUUGCUGAAUUUGCGGCUAAGUAUUUAUCAUGAUGAAUUUAGGUCCAAUUAUCCACAACCACUCAAUAGUCAUCGCAUACUAUGUAUGCACAUGUUGAUAGAGUAUUAUUUCUCUUCACCAAUGUCAACGCAUUCACCGAGAAGCCUAUAGCUAAGCUCAAGUUUUCUUGUAUGAGUGACCUUAACACAAAUUCGUUUUAUAUUGAGUUGCCAAUGGAUUGACUAUACCUCGGCAUGUCACCGAUGUAAGGUCGUGGAGAAUUAGAUAUGCUUGGUUUUAUGCACAUAGGUGUAAGCGCUAGAUAAAGAUGAUCACUUGCUACCACCAAAACUUGAUGUGGGAGUAUUCAAAGUUUGAGUAAAUUUCCUGUUUUUACACCA